CGAAGACUCUUUUCCCUCCUCACGUCGCACAAGCAUCUUGUUCAUUCAAAAUCUCGUACCUCGGCACAUCCACCUCACGAAAUCCAAUCUACACAUUCACGACUUUCAUCAACAGCUUCAACAUGCCGACCGCACAAGAUACCACCCAGCCUUUCGCACGCCCUACCUUCCCUGGUCUUCAAGGAUCAAAUAAUUCUGGCUACCAGAGCUUCCAGAGCAGUACUUCCAGCCUGGCCUCCUCCACCCCUGCGUCGGCGCCGCUGCCGUCGCCGUCGACCCGGCAGAACCAAACACAGGACUUUUUUACGAAUGCGAGCCGCCAGCAGAACGCUCAACAGCACCAGCAGCAACCUGCUGUGUCGCCAAUGGACUACAGCUAUCAACCCAAUCGCCAGGGCGCAGGACAGACAGCCGCCGAGACCACAAACUUCCUCAACCAGACUGGGUUGUUGGCAGAGGCAGCGAAGAGGGCGCAGAUGGCCGUUGUCAUGCGCGACAUCGAGGGCAUGGAAUUGUAAACCCACCCGUAGAAUCUAUCCAUCUUCUGCAGGGUCUGGACAAUCUGUCGGAGGGCCGCCCGCCACAGCCGCAAUACGAGGGAACUGCAACAGUCGAAUGUCUCUGGUGGACUGACCGCCUCGUGUCGUUUUUCCAGCGCGCUCCAUGGAGGGCUCGUCACAAAACAAUAAAUUGCGACUUUUCGAUCGAGGGUGGGGGUGUGUCCGUCUGCAGAGCCUCAUGUUCCAUCGUGGGUUCGCAGGGUGCGCCUAUCACCCCCAAAAGCGGGACCGACAAGCGCAUGGACCGACUCGACUGGACGUAGCAACAACGGCCAUGGCCAUGGCCAUAUUUUCACACCAUCUUCGGGCGACCUCGGCCUUGCCACCUUCCACCGCCAAUUCACCU